UGGGAGCACGCUGGGAAAGGCUGACUCCCAACUUCAAAUGUGACAAGCAAACGAAUCUGAUAGCUGUCAUCGGGGGACUAGAUUCUGAUGUCUCCUUUCAAAUGGCAACUCUCUUAGACAUCUACAAGAUUCCUCAGGCUCUGCCUCGUGCUGUGUGUAAUGACAACUGUCAUCCAGGCUAUAGCAGAAAAAAGAAGGAGGGGGAGCCAUUUUGUUGCUACAAUUGUGUACCCUGUCCAGCUGGGAAGAUUUCAGACCAGAAAGACAUGGAUGAUUGUUUCAAAUGCCCAGAAGAGCAAUUUCCAAACAGGAAACAAAAUCAAUGCAUUCCCAAGCUCCUAAACUUCCUCUCUUUCUCAGAACCUUUGGGAUUCACAUUAGCUUUCUUGGCUCUGUCUUUGUUUCUGAUCACAGCUUUGGUGCUUGGAGUUUUCAUCAAGAAUCAGAAUACACCCAUCGUCAAAGCCAACAACCGGGACCUCACCUACUAUUUGAUCAACUCCCUACUGCUCUGCUUCCUCUGCUCCCUGCUGUUCAUUGGCCGGCCUCGGACAGUGACCUGCUACUUACGACAAACUGCUUUUGGCAUCAUUUUUUCAGUGGCAGUUUCUUGUAUAUUGGCAAAAACCAUCACGGUGGUUCUGGCCUUCGUGGCCACCAAGCCAGGAUCCAGGAUGAGGAGAUGGGUGGGGAAGAAAGUGGCCAACUCUAUUCUUCUUGGUUGUUCCCUGGUUCAAGCCAGUAUUUGUGCUGUAUGGUUAUGUACUGCACCCCCGUUCCCAGCUUUGGACAUGCACUCUCUGGAUGAAGAAAUUAUAGUGGAAUGCAAUGAAGGAUCAGCCACCAUGCUCUAUUGUGUCCUGGGAUAUCUGGGAUUUCUUGCUAUUGUCAGCUUCAUUGUAGCUUUCCUAGCCAGGAAGUUACCAGACAGUUUCAAUGAAGCCACAUUUAUCACUUUCAGUAUGUUGGUUUUUUGCAGUGUUUGGUUGUCCUUUGUUCCCUCUUACCUGAGCACAAAGGGCAAAUAUAUGGUGGCUGUGGAGAUCUUCUCCAUUUUGGCCUCUAGUGCUGGAUUACUGGGUUGUAUCUUUUCCCCUAAAUGCUACAUAAUUAUCCUUAAACCUCAGCUGAACAGCAAGGAUCACCUAAUAAGGAGGAAUAGGUAA